UGCUUGCAAACUAUCAGCUACUAUGUAUGCUUUGUCGACCAGCUCUAAAGACAUUUAUCUUCCUGUGCUUAUGCUUCGCUUCAUCAUCUUCGCGCUGCAUUACAUUGAUCAAAUUCUUUGGUGAUCUGGGCGAUAAUCUCUCCAUAUACGUGCGGUCUUGACAUGUUUUCCUUCAUAAUGAGAGGCCAAAUAUCAUUGGAAAGCAAAGUAGUUUUUGGAACAUUUACGACUUCGACUUGACCCAUGAUUCAGCCAUCUGCAGCUGCCGUCGACAACAACAAGUAGACAUAGGGACUGUGAUAGAACCUCAGGACAUGGCCUUGAAAGCAGGAUCGAAUAAAAGCUUACAAGAACGAUGAGCCAUAGUCUGUGGGGCUCAAUCGAGUUGCCAAGUUGGUUGCAGUGUCGACCUGGUCUGUACUUGUGAUUUGAAAAUACACAGUGGUGAACGAGUUUGUGAGGAAAUAUAAUUCAACCAGAAAGCAAAGAGUCUACUUCCCUCCCUCAGCUCUUAAAGCUUCAUUGGGACCCACUCGACUAUCGCAAGCAAUCAGUCUUUGUCCUCCUGUCCCGGGAUUCGAACACUGGAUAGUUGAGUUCGCAUGUCUGCGGCUUAACCACUUGGCUAUUCUGCCUCCGUUAGUCUUUAUAUUGUGUUGCUUUUUAGGGGGAUGUGCACUUUCGCGCACGCGGAGAACGUUGGACCUUGGAUGCUGCGCGCAAGCAACGCGUUGGCACGUGACUGAUUAGGUCAGGAUUUGAAAGAUGCAAACAGGAAUGACUUUGCUGAUAGCCAGAGUUGUGAUGCAACGGCUGGCUGGCUCGGUUCAUGGCUUGACCUUAUGGAGCCAAGCUGAAGCCGAAGCCGUCAAAAGUACGGAUCUGGAGCCAAGCUGAGGAAAUGGCUCGGCUCAGCCUACGGCAUCACUACUUGUGAAGCAGAAGAAAGAGUCCACGAAAUUUAUCAUGAUAUAAGCUAGCACCCCUGAGGAGCUUGUUAGAGUAUGUGAUGCUGAUACUACGGGAUAACCUCGGCAACACCCCUUGGGAUCGUCUCCAUUUGCACUCUUGGGACGGCAAUGAACGAGCCGAACCAAACGACCAACCCGACAAUGUCCCUGUCUGCUAGUUGCCCUGGCAACGCGCCGAACCAAGUUUAGCAGCUGGAAAUGACCUCUCAGCUUGAGUGAUCUACGAUUGUUCACCAUGUUGCGUCGGAACAUAUGGAUAUCCCCGCGAUGCCUCAGUCAUGCUUUACUUGGCAGGAAUGUACCGUCUCAUCCAUUCCGGCCGCUACUUCCUGCCGCACGUAACCUCCACAUCCAACACUUCCCAUCCAGCGACGUAAGACGCAAGAUUCAGGCGAACCGAACAACAACCCAGGCUACUUUGGGACCCUCUCUUCAUCCACUGGGCUUGAGAUUCGCUAGUGCAAAGCAACAGCUUAUGCGUGGACGACCUGUUGAUUUGAAUAUCGCUGACCCGUUUGUACCCUACCCAUCCGGAAAAAGGCCUCCUCUUCUGUCAGAGGAAGGCAAGGAGUAUGCAAAACGGCGGCUGCGAGCCCUAUUUAUAUCUUUCAUCUCUGCGUGGCGAGUGAGAACGCACAUUAAGGGAUGGAAACCUAAACCUUUUGCGUAUGAGGCCCAAGAAUUGUAUACUGCAAUGAAUCAUGCUUUUGCCAAAGGAGACAAGGAUGAAUUGCGGUGUUUUGUCACGGACAGCAUGCUUGCUAACUUGAAUGCAGACAUGAAAGCCGCUAGUAGGGUGGGCAGAUACGAAUGGAAAUCACACGGUCAGUUUGAACACCCAACUACCGUGCACAUUGCAGCCGUCAAAGUGCAGUUUGAGAAGGGUGGACCACAGUACCAUCUAGCCCAAGUCACUGUCAAAGUCUCUUUGAAGCAGUCUGUGGCGUUUUACAACAAGAAUAAUGUCUUAGUAGGUGGCAACCCGAACGAUAUCAAGAAUGUCACCGAGUAUAUUGUGAUGGAGCGAUGGUUGGAUAAUCCUGAGUUGGAUGAGGAUUGGAGGAUAGCCGGCAAGAUUAUUCCCCCAUUCUGAUUUUUCUGACACCUGAAACCCAGAGUAGCCAGCGUAUUUAUUUCCACACUAGAAUGAGUUGUUUGCGAGUGGAUGGAAUUGUAUCAAGCUUAUAUGUAGCGUAGGAACAGAUUAGAACACAUUCAUGACAUUUUCUACAUGAUGACCACCCGGCGGAUGCACACCCUCACGCGCUCCGUGAGAACUCUCAAGU